GCAGGCCUCUUCCGGUGUGAGUCAUUGGUGUUGUUGAAGAGACGAAUGGAGAAGACUGACCCCGCUAAUACGGUUUAUGAUGAGUUGGUCUGUUUGUUUUAAAGCAAAUAUUGGUGUACGAAAAACUGAAAGAAUAAAGUGAAAAUCGAUGAAAAGUAAAACGACUGUACAAUCAUACGGAGUACCUUUUACAAUUUGAAUAUAACAUUUCAGCUUAUCUGACUAAGAACGAAGCAGAACAGAUCGUUUACGAAAUAAAGUUUGCCAACAUGAGCUCCCAGCAAUUUCCGAGGUCUGGAGUACCCACCCCUGGCCUAGGACAAGCCCAAAUGCAGGGAGCCACCACUACCAUGGUGCCUGGAACACAGUCAAACCUAGCAGGGGGCGAUGACGGUUGCCGAGACGGCGACCACGGGCCACGUGACCACCCCCCCAGUGCUGGAGCGACCAUGCCUUUCCGUGACGAGAAGCAGGAGACCGUGGUCGUCCGGCCCUACCCACAGGUCCAGGGACACGGGCAGCCUUUGACUCUGCCCCAGCACUUGAUACAGCCUGGGACCCCAGUCACUGUGUCGGCCCCGCCCGCCCACCUCGCCCAAGGCCUGCCCCUGGCCUUCACUGAGGGACCCAUGAAGUCUGCCCUGAAGACGGCCAUGCCCAGUCGGCUGAUCGCCCCCGCCCCAGCCUCCAGCCAGGCCCACCUCGCCGUGCCGCCCAAGAUGCCCGGCCACGUCACCGUUACCAUGGAGAGUAGCAUGCCUCAGACCUCCGCCAUUCCCGUGGCAACCAUAAGCGGCCAGCAGGGGCACUCCAGUAACCUGCAUCACCUAAUGGCGACGAACGUGCAGAUCAUCCGGAGCAGCACGCCGGCCCUGCAGAUCGGCUCUUCCUCGGCCCCUCCACACACCUUCACCUCCCAUUUACCCAGAGGUGCCGCCGCAGCGGCCGUGAUGUCCAGCUCCAAAGGGCCCACCGUCCUGCGGCCCGCCGCGGGGCCCAAUGCCGGGGCCGGCCAGCCCACUGUCCAGCAAAUCCUCCACCAGUCCAUCCAGUCUCGCCCUGUCGUCACCACAUCCACGGCGGUGCUUCCCGCCGUUGUGGCCCCGGUCUCGGCCACCAGGGCCCAGUCCCCCGUCAUCACCACGGCAGCCACACACACCGCAGAGAUGGUGCACGGACGUCCAGGCCUGACCAUCCACCCCCCGCCGGCCACCAUCAGCAUACAGCGGCCCCCGACCUCGCGGGAUACCGCCACACGCAUCACCCUGCCCUCCCACCCCGCCAUAGGGGCGCAGAAGCCCCAACAGCCACACACCAUGACGCAGAAGCCUAUUUUCAGUACUGUGACUCCUGUUGCUGCGGCAACAGUGGCCCCCAUCUUAGCCACCAACACUGUGCCAUCCCCCACAACUACAGGGUCCGUGCCCCACACGCAGAUGACUACAAGUAACAUCGUCACCAUGACGAUGCCCUCUCAUUCGUCCCACGCCACGGCGGUGACCACCUCCACCAUCCCCGUGGCAAAAGUAGUGCCUCAGCCUAUCGCCCACACCUCACCCCGGAUCCAGCCGGACUACCCCGGGGAGAGAGGGAAUCUCAUCCCCAUCUCCGGCCACCGCUCGUCCCCUAACCCCGUCACCAUGGAGGCCCGGGGCGACAACAGGCAGCCUGUGCCGGUGCAGUUCCAGUACUUCCUGCCCACAUACCCCUCCUCUCCAUACCCACUGACCCACACCUACACGCCUAUCACCAGCUCCGUGUCCACCAUACGCCAGUACCCAGUAACGCCUCAAGCCCCCAGCUCGGCGAUGCCGGCCCAGACGGGCGUGGGCGUGGCCUCGGCAGUCCACCUGAACUCCAUGCAGCUGAUGACCGUAGACCGCAUCACUCAGAUCAGCACGCAGGGCAUACAGCCCACGGCCAUGGCCGCCCAGGGCCUGCAGUCGGCACCAAUCGGAGCGCAGGGCCUGCACACCUCGGCACCAAUCGGCACGCAGGGUAUCCAGCCGGCACCAAUCAACACGCAGCAGCAGCAGACGGAGGCCAAGGCGGCGGUCGUUCUGCCAGAUGGCUCCACCCUGGUGGCCAAUCCCAUCAACACGUUCAGCGGCACCCAGCCCGUCACCACGGUGGUGCAGACGCACCCCCAGGGCAGCAACACCGGCGCCCCCACCCUAGUCUCCUCCCCCCGGCCCAGCAUCCUCCGCAAGAAGCCAGCCAAUGAGGGGUCGGCGGUGCGGAAGAGCCUGAUCCCGGCACAGCCAGGUGAAGCCACAAGCCCCCGGCUGGACGGCACGAUGAGGAGCGCCUCUGGGUCCCCACGGCCAGCAGGGGUGAAGCAGAAGCCGGACAUCCACGUAGCGAUCGCCCCCCCGGUGACGGCGGCCGUGGAGGCCCUGCCCAAUCAGAGCGGCGAGCAGCAGCAGCAGGCUCCGCCCUCUUUGGCCCAGCACCCGUCCCAGGCCAUCCCGGCGCUCCUGGCCGCGGCUGCGCCCCCCUCCCAGCCCCCCGCCGCGGCUCUGUCCGCCAUCCCGGCCUCCAUGGCGGUCACCCCGCCCAUCCCCGCCUCCAUGGCCAACGUGGUGGCUCCGCCCACGCAGCCGGCGGCCAGCAGCACGGCGGCCUGCGCCAUCAGCUCCGCCCUCCCUGAGAUCAAAGUCAAGCAGGAGGCGGAGCCUGUGGACACGUCCCAGCCAGUGCCCUCCGUGACCCCCAGUGCCGCCCCCGUGCUCACCUCCAUGGGAAACUCCUUGGGCGUGGUCGCGGGCGACACCAUCCCGGGAGCAUCGCCCCGGAAGAAGCCCCGGAAGCAGCAGCACAUCAUCUCCACGGAGGAGAGCGAGAUGAUGGAGACCAACAGCACGGACGAGGAGAAGAUCACCGCCCGACCCCUCAACAUCCGGCCCGAGAAGCGCAAGUCUCCCCCAAAAGAGUACAUCGAUGAGGAAGGCGUCCGCUACGUGCCGGUACGCGCACGCCCACCUGUCACCCUGCUGCGGCACUACCGCAACCCCUGGAAGGCCGCCUACCACCACUUCCAGAGAUACAGCGACAUCCGGGUCAAAGAAGAGAAGAAGGGCUCGCUGCAGGACGUGGCCAAUCAGAAGGGCGUGGUGUGCAGGGCGCAGGGCUGGAAGAUGCACCUCUGCGCUGCACAGCUCCUGCAGCUGACUAGCUUGGAGCAUGACGUGUACAGCCGACUCACCACCCUCCAGGAGGGUCUGAUCCCAAAGAAGAAAGGUGGGGCCGACGAUGACCUCCACCGCAUCAACGAACUCAUCCAGGGUAACAUGCAGCGCUGCAAGCUGGUGAUGGAUCAGAUCACCGAGGCCCGCGAUGCCAUGAUGAAGGUUCUGGACCACAAGGAGCGGGUCAUGAAGCUGCUCAACAAGAAUGGCGGCGCCAAGAAGGUGUCCAAGCUGAAGCGUAAAGACAAGGCCUAAAAACAACAGCGCCCCCCUUUCUUCCAGCCUCCCAUCAGGAGAAAGAUGGAAGGUCGCGGGACUGCGGCGUUUCGCCGUGCACAAUCACACACCGGCCGCCAAAUGAAAAGAAACUGGACAAAAAGACAGUCAGGACAUGGUGGGAUUCCACGUUGGGGCUAUAGUUGGUAUCGGAACUUUUUUUUAUUUCAUUUUUUUAUUUUAUUUUAUUAAACCUGAAAAUGUCUCUUAUUAAACCAGAAAUGGCUGUUGUCAGUUGGGCAGUCCAUGCUUUGGUUUCCAUUUGUCAGCUGACAUUGCAUUUCAAUCAAGGAUUAAAGCGCUUUUGUCCUUUGCGGUUUUGCCUGCCUCUGUCACUGAUGGAGCUGGUAGCACUUCUGUUUUUUGGGGAAGGACAAAAAUUGGAAUGGUUAUUAGUGAUUUUGAAAGAGCACUAGGUGGCGCUAGCAGUCUUAACUGUUCACCUGAACCUUAAGGAACCAGCGGCAAAAGCAGCCGGUGGGCCUCGCGUGACGAAAUUAAUCUCUUAUGAAAGUAACUUGUGUGUCUCGGUUUGCCCCAGUUUAGUUUGACACUUGACAAAUUACUCCCCUUAAUUUGGAAAAAUUCCAGGGUAUCGGGCAUUGAUUUGGGCCACUCCCUAGAAGUAAUCAUGAAGCCCAUGGCACUGUCCCAGUUUUGGUUUCAUGUGAAAGUUUAAAGUGAAAGUAAAUCUUCGGUUCAGAAGGCUGUGGGGUGUGACCUAAUAUUCUGAGCCCAUGAUAAAGCACUGGAAAUGGUGCAAGGUUCGGUAUGAGGGAACAUUUAUGGUUUCAAGUGUUUCCUCCUAAAUAAAAAUAAGCUAUACUCUUCGGAUUUCCAUUGGCAGAUGUACUUUAUUUUCUUUCCCCUCCAGGAUCAAUGUGAGCCUUGGAUAUGCCCUAAAUUGGGAACGUGAUAUUGCCAUACACUGAUUUGCACACCCGCUGCUUACCGCUUCAUGUGGAAUACCAAAUCAAUAUUGUAUAUUACAUCAAUAUUGGCUCUGUUGAGUCUUAUAGUGGGCAAUUGUUUGGCCCCCCUUUUUUUCUUUUUUGCCUAAUAAAGGGAGAUAUUGACGUUGAGGUGAGAGUUUUUUUGGUUGUUGAUUGUUUCUCCUUACAAACGGUGACUGUUCCCACUGUCGACAAGUGGAUAACAUGAAAAUCAUGUUUAAAGUAGAAAGACAUUAUAAAGUGACUAUAAAGAAAAUGAGAAGAUAAAUCUAUAUAAUAGGAAUGCCAAAACCAAGCAUUUCUUUUUAUGUUAAGUGUAAAAAAAGAUUAAUAAAAAGUAGGUUUUUGUCUUUGUAAAUGAAAAUGACUUCAUUUUAUUCCUUUUUUUUCUUUUGUAUUUUAAGUAGUUCACUUGUACUGUUUUGACUCAUUUGAUUUUGACUGUGCCCUGUAAUUUUGCAGAUGGUUGGUGUAUGUUUAUGCUGUUGUCACCUUUAAAAUCUGAACCUCUGUACAUAGGUUUUCCGUGUCAUGACUGUACUCUAUUAUUGCAGUAAAAUACUUUGUACAUUUUGUGCUUUUAUUCA